UUCAUUUCGUCACGACGGACUGUCUGAAGCUUUUAUUUUGUCAGUAUGACAAAUCAUAAGUAGUUCCGUCACAGUUCCUCUGAUCACUGUCAAUCUCAAUGUGUCGGCGGCUCCCGCCGUUUGUUUGUUUGUUUGAUGUUUUGUUUGUAUACGUCACGGUGUCGUUGCUGACGGUUAAGUCGUGAGUACGCGGUGGUGAAACAACUCACGGAGCGCAGAGUCACCGGUGGGAACUCGACGGCGACCGGGACCAGGACCAGGACCAGAAAGUCCUCCUCUCCUCCUCCUGGUGAUAUAAAGUCAUCCUCUCCUCCUCCUGCUCGUCUGUGUGAUCACAGUCUGCAGGAGAGAACACAUCACAACCUGAUCUGAGGAGGAUUUAUUAACGUCUUCUCACAUCAGUUUGGGUUCUUGGGAUCAGCUGACCAACCAUCAGCACUGAGUCUCCUCCCAGUGCUCCCAGUGCUUCCAGUGUCUUCCCAGUAUGAGCAUGCAGCCUCGGAGGAUCCGUCUGAAGCCAUGGUUGUUGGCUCAGGUGAACAGUGGCAGGUAUCCUGGUCUACAGUGGCUCAGUCCAGACCACCGACUCUUCCAGAUCCCCUGGAAACACGCCACGCGCCACACACCGGCAUCCGAUGAUGAGAAUACCAUCUUCAAGGCGUGGGCUCUGGAGACGGGUAAAUAUCAGGAAGGUGUGGAUGAACCCGACCCAGCGAAAUGGAAAGCGAACCUUCGCUGUGCUCUGAACAAAAGUCGAGAGUUUCAGCUGAAAUAUGACGGAACGAAGGAGACGCCGGUCCAACCGUAUAAAAUCUACGAAGUGUGUGAGCAGCCAGGGAACACAGAUGCCGGUGGUGAUGAUGAUGAUGAUGAGGAGAUGCCGAAUCUGAUGGAGCUCUCAAUUAACCCCAGGAACAGUGACCCCACCUCCUUCAGCUCCUUUGCAGUUCCUUCAGACAUCAGUCAGUUCAGUCUGUCCACCAACGGGACAUUUGGACCUCCUCAAGUGAUCCCGAUCCCUCUGCUCCCAGAACAAGUCGUCUCCACGACCUCAGACCUCCCCAUGACCCAUCCUGCAGGACUCUCUAACAGACUCCAGGACCUGAAUCCUCUGCCCCCCUCUGCUGCCUCUGCUACUCCUGAGGCGGCCCCAAUGGAAGCCAGCGGCAUGGGGGGUGCCCAGAACCAGACGGAUGGUCAGAACCACCAACCCUGCAAGUAUGAUCUGCUGAGCAGUGUCCCGCUAACAGAUCUAGACCUGAAGUUCCAGUACCGGGGCCGGACGAUGGGCUCACUGACCGUCAGUAACCCUCAGGGCUGUCGGUUGUACUAUGGAAACCUGGAGCCGACCCCCGAGCAGGUGGACCUGUUUGGACCCGUCACCCUGCAGCAGGUCCUGUUCCCAGGCACGUCUGAGAUCCAGAACCAGAAGCAGCAAUUCUACACUGAGGCCCUGCUGGAUGUGAUGGACCGUGGUCUGAUCCUGGAGAUCUGGGAGCAGGAUAUCUACGCCAUCCGGCUCUGUCAGUGUAAAGUGUUCUGGUCCGGACCAGGCAUGCCCGAACAGGGUCCACCGAACCCGAUGGAGAGGGAGAGGAAGAUCAAAGUGUUUAGCCUCAAUGACUUCCUGCAAGGACUGAUCCUGUUCCAGAGAGGUGAAGCUCAGAACCCUCCACCCUUCGACAUCACCUUCUGCUUUGGGGAGGACUGGCCCGACAAGAAGCCCAAAGAGAAGAAACUCAUUGUUGUCCAGGUGGUGCCAGUGGUGGCUCGGAUCCUGACAGAGAUGUUCUCUGGAGAACUCAGCUGGUCCACAGACAGCAUCCGCCUGCAGAUUUCAAACCCCGACGUAAAGGACCAGACGGUGGAACAGUUCAAAGAGCUGCAGAGGCUUCUGCAAAGCCAACACAUCCAGGGGCCUUGGACCCCCAAUGUCCCCUGAACCUCAGGAACCUGACAUAAUUUUCAUCAGCUCCUGGACUAGAGGAGGUUCAGGAGGACCUGAAACUACCAGCAGCUCCACCUCCUCUUCAGUCAGUUUGUGUUAGAGUGGUUCAUAUAAUGAACAAUUCUGCUGUGAUCGUUUAUUCUGAAUUUGUUUGUCUCUAGAUUUGAACAGAUUGAUGAUGAUGUAUAAACUAUCAUCCCAUUUAUUGUUCCAUGUUUUGAUGUCUCCACUGCAGCUGAAGAGAUCAUCAGUUUGAUGCUGAACACCUGAUUCCUUGAUUCCAACAGACAUUAUCGUGUUCAAUGACAACAAACUGUGUUUCACCUGUCAGAGAUCACUUCAGCUCCUCUGAGUGUAUUCAGGAUUUCAAUAAACACCGCUGCAGUAUUCUUUCACACA